AUGGAGAGGGGGAGGGGAGGCAAAGAGACGCGGCGGUGGAGAGAAAAGGUUACGGCGCCGGAAAACAGGAAUCGGGAGGAGGAAGAUGAGGAUUGGGAAACCGUGAGAAGAAAGAAAGGAAAAGGGAAGUUAGAUGAAGAACCAAGCAUGACGAUAUUCCUCGCAAACCUACCAGAAAGGGUAUCAAGGAUGGAGGUUUGGCUGGAAUGCAGGAGGGUCGGCAACAUUACUGAUGUGUACCUACCGUUCAAAAGGGACCUUAUGGGAAAAAGAUUUGCUUUUGCUAGGUUUAACAAAAUACGAGACUUAGAUAAACUGAUAAAAGCACUGAAUAAUACCUGGAUCGGUGAUAGGAGGAUCAAUGCCAAUGUUUCUAAAUUCGAACGGGAGGAAGAUAAGGAGGGUUGCAGAGAGAAUAGACAAUACGGAAGACAAUGGGGUAAGACGAUGGGGCACAAAGGAGCAACGACGUCAGGACAAAACUGGGCUACAAGACCAGAGUCGGAUGGUAGGCAGGAUGUAGCACAAAAACAACCGGAACGCCAAGGUAGGUACCAUGGAGGUGGUAGACAAGGGGGUGGAAGAUCGUAUCUGGACGCGGUGCUAGGUGACAAUCAGAGGAAAGCGGAGGGACUGAUUACACUACCAGAAAUUGAUGAAGAAUGCUCGCAGGACUGGAGUAAAAGGACGGUUAGCAUGGAAGCAAAGACAGUAGAGGUUCUAUGCAAAGCAAAAACCAUUUUAUGUGAGGUAUGCCCAGACACAAUGGAGGUUAGAUACAUAGGGGGGCUGAGAAUUCUGGUAACAAUGGGAUCACAGAUGGUUGAUGAAGAACUCCUAACAUCUCAUAGAGAGAAAUGUGAGGAAAAUUUUACGGACAUCAAACCUUGGAAAGACGACAAGAAUUGGUUUCAGAGAUUAGCGUGGAUUAGGAUCUGCGGUGUCCCGAUCAGCUUAAGAAACAAAGCUAUUUUCAAAGCCAUUGGGGAACGCUUGGGUAUGGUGGUAAGAGAUGCAGAAGCCAGUAUGAAGGAUAGUGACCUAACAUGUGCAUUUCUCGGAAUCAUUGUUACAACGGGUCAGGCCAUAAAUAAAGAAAUAGAAGUAAGAUACAAAUCCGAGUUAUUCAAGUGCUGGAUAUCAGAAAUGUCUGGGAAUUGGGCACCAAAUUUUGUCAAUGAUGAAACUGUGUUUAUCAAUAUCCCGGAGGCCAUACCGAUUGAUACAGACACAAACGCCAACAUGGGAUCUGGGAGAGAUGAAGAGAGUGAAAACGAGAAGGAGGCGACACAAGCGGAGAACAACAUCGGAGGUACCGAAAUUCCGGCGACCGGAGAAGAAGGUUCGGAGAAAACGAAAGGACAGGGAAACGAAAGGCCGGAUGAAUUUAAUGAGGAAGAAGAAACGGCAAACAGUUUUGGUGGGAACUGA